CACAAAUCCAAAAGAAAGUUGCACCAAUCUACAAUUGCUCAGCUGUGAUUGAUCUUCAAAACAGGUACCUACUCCCCCAGAAAUGAAGGACGCCGUCCCCACACUUACGUUCACUUCAUACUUUUUGAAACCUCUCAUGCAGAGCUGUAAUCUUAGCAUUUCUAUUGGAUUACGCACGGGCACUCACCUCGAAGCUUGAAAAGAGUACGGCCAUAUUUGAGCGGAAGAGAAGAGUAGCGGCAUAUCCUCUAUACAAGCCUCUUAUUCCAUGUUGCUGGUAUACCUCUUUUGCUAUAGGCCAUGGUCCUGAAUACUUCCUUUCCGACUUGUUCCGCUCCAUUUGGUUUUGAAGGCGGACCUUAACAAGUUCAGCUGGAUGAGCGACUACACCACUAAUGGAUAUGUAAGGAAAGUAAUAUAAAGGCAAUGUUAAAGUGAAACAUCGAUGUAAUAGAACACAUACCAGCCAAACUGAGCCUGGUCUUGUCAGAAGAUCCUGGCAUAGGCUCAGUAAAGAACUUUAAUUUGUUCUCGAGGAUCAGUAUUCUAUAGUUAUGCAGACUGCCCAUUAAGAGUGCAUCAGAACAACCCCAGCUAAUGGCAGGUGCUAGACCGCCCUUGUAGAGCGCCAGUAUAUUCUCCUUGAGUAAUGUCUGGCGCAGGCAGUCUAUCGGACCUUUGAAAACACCAGGUGUAUACUAUUUACCUUAAUACUACUCCUGUGAGCCAGUUGUUCCUAUCAACUCUUAUACUCACGUAUCAAAUGGGUGUCCUGUAGCAUGUCAGCCAGGGUACGUAGCGAGGAGAGAAGACAUACCGACGACCAUUUUUGUCAAUCCUGAGCCGAUACCGGCGAAGAAGGACCUCAGCUCAGAUCCUUGGUCGGAUGUGCUGCUCAUUCGUCUUGACUGCGAACUUCGAACAUGCGUGUACUUCUCUUCAAGGAGGAGACGAGUAACUACAAAGAUGCACUUACUGAAGGUGGCUACGAUACUCUAUUCAUACCCGUUUUGCGCUCGAUAUCUGUCGAUAUACCCCGCCUAAGAGAGCUUAUUCACAAGAGUGCUCAUGAUUAUGAUGCCGUACUUGUUACAUCACAGAGAGCCGUGCAGGCAUGGAAAGAAGCCAGUAUAGGUAUAGAUUCUCCUAUAAGUUGGAGUAAUAUACCAUUCUAUUCUGUCGGCCCGUCAACUAGCAAUGCUCUACAGACACUAAAGGAUACUAUCAACCCCGAUUUAGCUCCUAGAGAUGUGUUAGGCGGUGAGGAAUCAGGAAAUGGUAACCAACUGGCGGAGUAUAUACUCUCACGUGAGGAGAAACCACGCAGGAUCCUUUACUUAGUAGGUGAUAAGACGGCGUCGGAGUUAAGCAAUAUCCUACAAGACCAUGGAGUUGAGAUAACGCGUCUACAGGUCUACGCGACCCAGCAAAUAGCCUCUGAGGAAAUUGAGACAACUUUAAAACAGAAGGAGUGUACAGAUACCGUCUGGUCUGUGAUAUUCUCCCCUAGCGGUGCAAAUGUCAUAGUACCUGCUAUCAAAAACCUCAAACUAGAUACUAAGUUAGCCAGUAUCGGUCCAACGACUACUAGACGUCUUCAGGAGAUGCAUAUGAAUGUGGAUGCUAUGCCUGCCAGGCCAGACGCUCGCCAGUUGACUGAGGAGAUGCACAAGAGUGAUACUGUAGAUCGUACCUAGUGCGUAGAUUCACUAAUGGAUGACCACAGAUCUUUGCGAAUAUUUAUCGGAUUUGUAAUUUUAAGUUUACA